AUGAAUAGUGACAACAAAAAAGAGAAGUUAAAGGGUCUUAAUCGCCAACGAGGAGCGAUAAAAGCAAAGCUUACAUCAUUUAGAAUAUUCUUAGAAACGUUAGAAGAUCGCGACAGCAUAAAAGAACACGAAAUCAUAAAUUUAGAACACAGACUCGAUAGAAUCAAAGAAAUAAUUAUCGACUACGAUGCAUGUCAAGGCGAAAUUGAACAGUUAACGGAAGAAGACACGAUAGAAGAGUGUUUUACGCAAAGAGCCGACUUCGAGGCGAAUUUCUAUCAAUGGACAGCCAAAGCACAAAAACGUCUCAACGACUUAAAACCCGAGAUAGAUAGAGCGGAAUCGGAACAAGCAACACGAAAUCCAACAACAUCACAUCGCAAGGUCAAACUUCCUCAGCUAAAACUCCCACAAUUUGACGGAUCGUACGAUAAAUGGCCUAAAUUUCACGACAUGUUCAAAUCGCUCAUUCACACAGACAAACAGAUAGACACAAUCGCAAAGUUUCAAUAUCUACAAGGAUCUCUUUCAGGUGAAGCGUUGACAGUACUCGACGAGCUCGACGUAUCAGAGGCCAAUUACGAAGCAGCAUGGGAACUAUUGGUCGCGAGGUAUCAAAAUAAAGGUCUAAUGAUACACAAACACAUUGAGGGAAUAGUCGAAUAUCCAAAAUUGGCGAAGGAAAAUCAUGAGUAUUUGCGAAAAUUGGUAGACGUUAUGCGAGGGCAUAUGCGCGCAUUAACGACAUUAGAACAACCUGUAGAAACAUGGGAUAGCCUAUUAAUAUAUUUAAUUUCAAGCAAGCUCGCUACAACUUCCAAGAACGAAUGGGAGAAGGAAAUAAUAGAGGAGCAAGACGAGUUACCCAGCAUACAAAGUUUCUUCAAUUUCUUAGAAAAACGUUGUCAAUUGUUAGAGAAGACAGACAAACAUACAAAGAGCUCAGGUGAAUCACAAACGGCGCGAACGGCGAACAAGCACAAGAACAACCCAACGGCGCUCGCCCACGCUAGCGUGACAAAAGGGAACUGCAUACUAUGCGGGGAAACGCACGCAUUGUUUGCGUGCAAAUCCUUUCUAGAAAUGCCAAUAAGCACACGAAUAGAACAAGUAAAGACGAAGAAAGCAUGUCUAAAUUGUCUGAGGCCGGGUCACAUAGCGAUCAAUUGUAGGUCACAAAAAUGUCGCAAAUGUGGAAAGUCACACAACACACUAUUGCAUCUAGGAGAAGUUAACAGUAGUGAAAAGGUAAACGGGGAAGAAAAAUUAAUUCCUCGAAAACAAGCAACCGGCGAUGAAAAAAGAGAAAUUGUAUCAACGCACGUGGCAAACAAGGAACCGAUACAUCGUAUUGCCCACUGCAAUAGUGGAGAUCGUUCACAAUCCAAUUUCAUGACGGCCAACCUGUGUAACAAAUUAGGGCUUCGCACUACAAAGGCAGACAUAUCGGUGUCCGGAAUAAAUCAAAUCGAAACAAAAAUCUUAGAAACAGCAAGAACAAGAAUCAAAUCCAUGCACGGUGACUUUGAAGAGGAAUUGAUAUUCAUGGUAGUCCCCAAAAUUACUGCACGGCUGCCUAACGAACCAUUGAUAUUUCAAGGAGAGAACAUACCUUCAAAUAUCUCUCUCGCAGAUCCCGAGUUUUACAAACCCAAGAGGAUCGAUUUAUUGAUAGGAGUCGAUUUGUUUUGGGACGUAAUCAGCUGUGAGCCAUCAGAAUACCCAUACUUACGCAAAACAAAAUUGGGAUACAUAAUUGCCGGGAAACUACCAUCGAAAAAAGACGCGGGAAGGUAUGUGGACACACUAUGUCACCUGAUCACUAACGACGGCGAACUAUCGCAUGAUCUACAACGAUUUUGGGAAAUAGAAGAGCUUCCUUUGAAGCAUAGUUACUCUUCGGAAGAACAGGCGUGUGAAGAACAUUUCACAAAGACCACUAAACGAGACACAGACGGCAGAUUCAUCGUCAGCAUACCGUUCAAGGCAACUCCGGACGAAUUGGGCGAUUCCCGUGGAAUAGCAGAACGACGACUCAAAUCGUUGGAACGAAGACUACAGAAGAACAAAAGAAUGCGAGAACAAUACACAGCGUUUUUACGCAGAUAUGAAGAGCUCGGGCAUAUGACCAGGGUAGCACAUGACGAUCACGCAAGUCCCGUUUGUUAUUUAUCACAUCACGGCGUAAUGAAAGAAAGCAGUCUCACUACAAAGUUGCGAGUCGUUUUUAACGCCUCCGCUCCGACAUCCACUGGCGUGUCCAUUAACGAUUUGCAAAUGGUCGGACCCACUAUUCAACAAGAGCUAUUAACCAUACUUUUGAGUUUCAGACAACAUCCAUACGUCGUGGAUGCUGAUAUAGCAAUGAUGUAUCGACAAGUUAACAUCGAGCCAACACAAAGAUCACUACAGCAAAUUCUCUGGAGGGAAGACCCUGGAGAUCCUAUCGUCGAGUAUCAACUCAACACCAUCACGUAUGGAAUGUCUUCUGGGGAGUGCAUUUCUAGCCAUCCGAUGCCUAUUCAGCCUAGCCGAGGAGUAUCAAGAGACAUUUCCUGA